AUGAAAGAACUGCACGGUAACAGUAAGUGUUUCAGCGCACGCCGUCGGAGAGCGAAGCCUCGUUUUCGUCGACGGAAGGCGAGGCGGCCAGUCAGCCAAGCGACGUCGUCGGUGAAGAGCUUGAUUCGCGACUCACCCGUACUGAAUGGUGCGACUGCAAACAUUGCGUGGUACUCGACAACUUCAGCGAGGAGGAGUGCCUCUGCUAUCGAGAGAUGGAAGACCCUGUCACUGCUGCACAGCCUGAAGGAUGCGUCACAGAGAACCCGGAGUUCCACCUCGUGUCUAAACAUCGCUGUGCUCCGUACUUCGACCAGUUUGUUGACCAAGAUCAACUGCACCAAGUUUCUAGAUUUUAAACUGCAUUUCACCGACACCCUCGUUUGCUGGUCGUACAACCCAAGGUCUAACAAAAGUCUGUUGCAUUACAAGAGCGCAAACUCCAAACUCAUGAAGUGUGGCAUCAUGUCUAGCUUCCUCUCAACCCUGCAGAAAUCCUGUGCACACACAGCUGUAGCCAGUUUCAACAGUCAGCUUGAGUGCCUGCUGUCCACCGGUUACCCAGAUCACAUAAUCCGCAGCACUUCUGAAAGCCUACUUCAGAAAAUAAAAUCUACAGAAAGGAAACAGCAACCCUUGAUUCAACAACCACCUUAAGUUAUGCCAUAUUUGCAUUGCCUAUCACACAUCCAAAAGGUAGCAGAAAGGUACGGAAUUUGCGUCGUGUUUUUAGUGUCAUGCAAACUUUAAAAAGUGUGCCCUCUGCUGACUAAAGGAAAAAACGAGCAAGGCUCGUGCACAAAGGACCCCAAGAAUGAGUACACCAAAUUCAUGUCAAAUGUUAUUUAAUAAAUUUCUUUGUCCUGUGGUUGGUCGUAUGUUGGUCAAACCGGUCGCUGCUUCAAUGAAUGCGCACAGCAACACAAGCAAUCCAUGCGCACUGGCUCAGACAGUAAUAUUGCCUUACAAUGCAAGAACUGCGACAACAUGAGCUGUUUUCCUCAGCUGGAAAAAACUAAAUUCCUUUCUAAUGCGAAAAUGAGAACAGAAACAUGUCAUCAAGGCUUCUUCAUCGCAAAAAAAGACAAAAAAGGAAAUAAAUUUCUUAGAUGGUCACUCUAAGAUGUACCCUUCUGGAAUUGUAACGCACCUGUGGUCUUGCCACAUUUUCGCAGCCUGUUAGAUUAUCAGUGCAAUUGCUCUCUGUAAACUCUUAUAAAUGUUCUACCUUCAAGAAAUAAACACACUUGCAAGUCCGCACUUUAUGUGUCUGCGUGUUAUAUGUUUCUAACGUGUCGUCUUCCUCGUGCAGUUUAAACGUUCUUCUAAAUUUAUGAACCAACUAUACCAACAACAUGCCUUACUUCAAAAGAAAGAUUGCUCAAUCACUGCUUGGAGACCCAUGAAAAGCAUCAUUCAUAGGCUGGAGGCAACACUCAAUCCAGAAAACAGCAAUGCUAUGGCCAAGUCAAUGUUCCCCUUUGGCUUGUCGCCAACAAGAGGUUGACAUCACCAUGUGUACGUGUGUGUGUUAGGGAACUCGACUCUUGCUUUGAUGCGAGUCUCAGAGUUCCGAAGUUUCACCGUGCAGGCAGUGGAGAGGCAUGUGUGGCAGAGGGUCAAGAGCACCAUCAGACAUGUAUAAAAGACGACGUAAUAACUCGAAGGCCGAGCGUCUUCCGUAUCCAC